GCGGGGAGGGGAGGCGCAUCCGUCCGUCCCGGGGAAAUACUCUCCGGCCGGUACAGACCGUGUGGAGCGGCGCUCAGGGCAGAGAUGGCGGCAGCGGCGGAGCGCAGGGCUUUCGCACAGAAGAUAAACAGGACCGGGGCUUCGGAGGUCCGGAAGCAAGUUUCCCGGGAAUAUGGCGGAUCCCCACAGCUUUCCAAAAAAAAAGGAGGCGUUCAGAGUAUCCCUCUAUCAGAAGCGGUAGAACCCCUGGAUUUUGAGGGCUACCUGUCCAGCCACCCACCUGAUGCCGAGUGUGAGGAGCUGAGAGAUCUGUACGACUUUCCUCAAGAUGACAUAGAGAUCCUGUAUGAGCCCAGAGAAUGUCGCACCUUGGAGCCAGCGGCGCCAGAGGAGGGAAAGCUGGACGCCCGUGUUCGUGAUGCAUUAAAAGUUUAUACCCAUGACUGGGUGAUCGUGCAGCGGAGAUCCCAUAGCCUGAGCACAGCGUACACCCCCAUCACUGCCGAGCGGCAGCGGCAGCGCCAGAAAACUCUGAGCCGGCAGCUCUAUGAACUGGAUGAAGCCGCGGACGAGAAGGGGAACCCGGAGGAGCAGGAUGACCGGAAGCGUGCAUCUGCCUCUCUCGACGAGACCCCCCGGGGUAGCUGGGCUUCCAGUAUUUUCGAUCUCAAGAACUCGUCUCCUGAUCCCUUGCUCCCGGGUCUGCUGGAGAGGUCACCGCCGGAGGAGACGGACCGGGUCAACGAGGAACUGCGCAAGGACAACCGCCAUUCUCAAAUCCUGGCCCUCUACUCCGCUCCCGACGAGGACGAGGCAGUGGAGAGAUCCCCCAUCCCCGAGGUGCCCAAGGAACACUUUGGACAGAGGAUCCUGGUGAAAUGCUUAUCGCUGAAGUUUGAGAUAGAGAUUGAGCCGAUAUUUGGGGUCAUGGCGCUCUAUGAUGCUAAAGAAAAGAAAAAAAUAUCGGAAGGUUUCCACUUUGACCUGAACUCGGACUCUGUGAAGAACAUGCUGAGGACACAGAGCGGGCAUCCAGCUCCUUCUACCCUGGCGCGAUCCGCCAUCUUCUCCAUCACGUAUCCCUCUCCGGACAUAUACCUCGUCAUCAAGCUGGAGAAGGUCCUGCAGCAGGGGGAUAUAGGAGAGUGCUGUGAGCCGUACAUGGUCCUCAAAGAGAGCGAUGCUGUCAAGAAUAAGGAGAAGGUGGACAAGCUGAGAUCCCAAGCGGAACAGUUCUGCUCACGCCUAGGCAGGUACCGAAUGCCUUUCGCCUGGACCGCGAUUCACCUGAUGAAUAUUAUCAACAGCACGGCAACGGCUGAGCGGGACUCGGACUCGGAGAGCGACCGGAAAGGGACGUGGAAUGAGAGGAAGAGGAAAGCCUUUGAGCGAAUGAGUGUUGGCGACGAGGUGUGCGGGUUCACAACUUUCCGUCCGGCGACUCUUACCGUUACCAACUUCUUCAAGCAGGAAGGCGACCGUCUCAGCGAUGAGGACCUGUACAAGUUCCUCGCAGAUAUGAGGAGACCGUCCACCGCGUUACGCAGACUGCGGCCCGUAACAGCCCACCUGAAAAUUGACGUGUCCCCGGCUCCCGACUCUCCGCAGUUCUGUCUGUCCCCGGAGCUGCGCCAUGUUAUACCGUAUCCCGAUCCCAGAGUGCGUCCGACGAAGGAAAUCCUGGAGUUCCCUCCGCGGGAGGUGUAUUCACCCUACACCUCGUACCGGAACCUCCUCUUUGUGUAUCCGCGGAGCCUGAACUUCAGCAGCCGGCAGGGAUCGGUGAGGAAUAUUGCAGUAAAGGUGCAGUACAUGGCUGGAGAAGACCCCAACCAAGCUAUGCCGGUGAUCUUUGGGAAGUCGAGCUGCAGCGAGUUCUACAGUGAAGCGUACACUUCUGUCGUGUAUCACAAUAAGUCUCCGGAAUUCUACGAAGAAUUUAAGAUGAAAAUCCCUGGAAAUCUCACAGAAAAUCACCAUCUUCUCUUCACCUUUUACCACGUGAGCUGCCGGCAGAACCAGAGCUCACUCGUGGAGAGCCCAGCUGGGUAUACGUGGAUUCCCCUGAUGCAGCAUGGCAGGUUGCGCACCGGAUCCUUCUCGCUUCCUGUGUCCGUGGAAAAGCCUCCCCCCAGUUACUCUGUGCUGACCCCCGACGUUCAGCUUCCAGGAAUGAAAUGGGUGGAUAAUCACAAACCCGUCUUCAUGGUGGACCUGGUGGCCGCCUCUUCCGUCCACACGCAGGACCCCCACCUUGACAAGUUCUUCACGCUGGUGCAAGUGUUAGAAGAGCAGAGCUUCCCCUUCCGGUUAAAAGACGUCAUCAUUACCGAAAGCAACGUGGAGUCUGAGCUGCGGGCUAGUAUGGGCAACCUGCGCCUGGCCGCGCUCGGACCCUCCGUCUGCUUCUGCCAUCAGCUGCUGGAUAAACUGAUCCUGCUUAUCGUCAGACCCCCGAUCAUCGGAGGGCAGAUUGUGAACCUGGGCCGCGCAGCCUUCGAAGUGGUAGCUCUUCUGGUGAGCCAGAUUCACCGCACCCUGGAGGGAUCUCAGGACCAGCGGGGCCGGAACGGGCUCCUGGCCUCCUACCUGCAUUACGCCUUCCAUCUGCUCAGUGACAUGCCUUCGCAGCUGCAAAGCGCAACUCUUCCUAGUUCGUCGGCCGCUCCGGCUGUCCACUCGGCCACGCUGUCCCGCGCCACCGGCCGUCCUAGCAGCCUUAACCUCGCUCGCUGCAGGAGCAUCAGCAACAGCAACCCCGAUCUCACCAGCACGCCAGGUCCCACGGACGACGAGGAGGUCCUCAGAAUAAUGUCAAGCAAGGGCAUCGAUCGCUCUCACUCUUGGGUGAACUCUGCUUAUUGCCCCGGGGGUCCAAAAUCUGUUCAACGCAGGACCCAGCCAAGCUCCAACACUGAGCUCCGACAGGCCAACGAGCGGAGUCCUAACCGCAUAUCCAGCUACAUGGAGGGUGCAGCUCCCGCUGCCCAGCCUCGCCCUUCAGCCAAAAAGCUUCUGCAUGAGGAGCUGGCCCUGCAGUGGGUGGUCAGCGGCAGCGGCGUGCGCGAGGCGGCUCUAAGUCAGGCCUGGUUCUUCUUCCAGCUCAUGACCAAGAGCAUGGCCCUUCACCUGUAUAACUCGGAGAGACUGGACGCCCCCCGCAAGCAGCGCUUCCCAGAGAGAUUUGUCGAUGACAUCUCUGCACUCGUGUGUAACAUCUGCUCGGAGAUCACCAGCAGAUACCUCAAGGACACCGAGUUGGCCGAACGUCUCAACAGCAGUCUUGCUUUCUUCCUCAACGACCUCUUGUCUCUGAUGGAUAGAGGUUUCGUUUUCAACCUCAUCCGGUCGUACUACAAACAGGUUAACAACAAACUGGGAAAGACGCAAAAUCCCAAUGUCUUGAUCUCUCUGCGCAUGGAUCUGACCCGCAUCGUGUGUUCCCAUGAACAUUACGUGGCAUUAAACCUGCCCUGUGGCUGCCUCUCACCCCCCAAUUCUCCUUCUCCCUCCAUCUCUUCAACUGCAUCACAGAGCUCCGUGUUCUCCAGCCCUGCUCAGGAUAAGACGGUCACCAAUAUGUUCGAGCUCUCGGUGCCGUUCAGACAGCAGCACUUCCUUUCCGGGCUCAUCCUGAGUGAACUGGCCAUGAUUCUGGAGCCAGACUUGGAAGGCGUGUUCUUCCUCCAGAAGAAGGCGAUCAGCACUCUGCACAACCUGCUUUGCAGCCAUGACACCGACCCCCGAUACGGCAAACCAGUGGUCAAGGAGAGCAUUGCCCGCCUUUACCUGCCUUUGAUUGGCAUCGUCAUGGACGCCCUCCCCCAGCUGUACGACUUCACGGCGGAGCCCCACGGGCAGAGGGUACGACAUGCUUCGUCCGCACCGGCAGACGAGGUGGACGGCGAUGGAACCUUCAUCAGCCAAUCAGUUGCUAUGGCAAUCGCGGGAGCUCCGCUACCCUGCGUGCAGAAAACCAGCACCUUCCCGAUGCCCCCUCCCCCGCCCCGUGCAGGUAACGUCCUCUCCGCGGAGUCCAGCAGGAAUUUGCUCGUCUGCGUCCUCUGGGUGCUGAAGAACGCGGAGCAGGACCUUGUGCAGCGCUGGUUCUCCGGUCUGUCCGUCCUGCAGCUCACUCGGCUCCUGGAACUCUUGAGCCUGUGUGUGUCCUGCUUCCAGUACAAGGGUAAGAAGGCCCUUGAAAGGAUAAACAGCCUAACGUUUAAAAAGUCUGUGGACAUGAAGGCCCGACUAGAAGAGGCGAUACUUGGAACCAUCGGAGCGCGUCAGGACAUGGUGAAACGCAGCAGAGAGCGCAGCCCUUAUGUGAGCCAGGAGAACGUGCGGUGGAGAAAGAAUGUCACGCAGUGGAGACCAACGGGCGACAAAACGGAAAAGUCUCAGGCAGAGCGGGAGCUGGAUGUCAUCGUGGAAGGCAAUAUGGCGUCCGAGGCCAAUCUGGUGGUGCUGGACGCGCUGGAGAUCAUAGUGCAGACAGUGAUGAUGUCGGAGAUGAAGGAAAGCAUCCUGGGGGGAGUUCUUAAAGUGCUGCUGCACAGCAUGGGUUACAAUCAGAGCGCGCUGUACCUGCAACACUGUUUCACCAGCCAGAGGGCGCUAGUGUGCAAGUUCCCGGAGAUGCUGUUUGAGGAUGACACCGAGCUGUGCUCUGACCUAUGUCUCCGGCUACUGCGCCACUGCAGCAGCGGCAUCGGCAGCGUGCGCGCCCACGCCAGCGCCUCCCUCUACCUGCUCAUGAGGCAGAACUUUGAAAUUGGCAAUAAUUUCGCACGUGUGAAGAUGCAGGUCACCAUGUCCUUGUCGUCUUUGGUGGGGACCUCGCAGAAGUUUAACGAGGACUACAUACGUCGGUCGCUGAAGACCAUAUUGACCUACUCGCAGGAGGACAUGGAGCUGAGAGACACCAGCUUCCCAGAGCAAGUCCAGGAUCUGGUAUUCAAUCUGCACAUGAUACUGACCGACACGGUGAAAAUGAAGGAGCAUCAAGAAGAUCCUGAGAUGUUAAUGGAUUUAAUGUACAGGAUUGCCAAAGGGUACCAGAACUCACCGGACCUCCGUCUGACGUGGCUUCAGAACAUGGCGGCCAAGCACACCGAGCGUGGGAACCACGCUGAGGCAGCUCAUUGCUUUGUGCACGGAGCGGCGCUGGUCUCAGAGUAUCUGAGCAUGCUGGAGGACGGCAGACAUCUGCCCGUGGGGUGCGUCAGCUUCCAGAACAUCUCGUCCAAUGUCCUGGAGGAGUCGGCGGUGUCAGACGAUGUGGUGUCUCCGGACGAGGAAGGGAUAUGUUCCGGGAAGUUCUUCACGGAGGCCGGAUUGGUGGGACUGUUGGAGAAGGCCGUGUUCAGCUUCGACAAGGGCGGCUUGUUUGAGGCAGUGAACGAGGUUUAUAAGCUGCUGAUUCCCAUCUAUGAGGCUAACCGGGAUUACAAGAAGUUGGCUGCCGUCCACGGGAAGCUGCAAGACGCCUUCAACAAGAUCACCAACCAGAUCACAGGCUGGGAGCGUAUGUUUGGAACAUAUUUCCGAGUUGGAUUUUAUGGCUCAAAAUUUGGGGACCUGGAUGACCAGGAGUUUGUGUACAAAGAACCUUCAAUAACCAAACUGGCCGAGAUCUCUCACCGUCUGGAGGAAUUUUACGCUCAGCGGUUCGGUGAAGGAAAUGUCGUGGUUGUAAAAGAUUCCAAUCAUGUAGAUAAAACCAAACUCGACCCAAACAAGGCUUACAUCCAGAUCACGUACGUGGAACCGUUCUUUGACACGUACGAGCUAAAGGACCGCGUUACCUACUUCGACAAAAACUACAACCUGCGCACGUUUCUCUUCUGCACUCCGUUCACGCUGGACGGCCGGGCGCACGGAGAUCUGCAUGAGCAGUACAAGCGCAAGACGGUGCUGACCACCUCGCACGCGUUCCCUUACAUCAAGACUCGUGUCAAUGUGCAGCAGCGGGAGGAGGUGGUUCUGAUCCCGGUAGAGGUUGCUAUUGAAGACAUGCAAAAGAAGACCCAGGAGCUGGCAUUCGCUACGCACCAGGAGCCAGCCGACGCCAAGAUGCUGCAGAUGGUUCUACAGGGUUGCGUUGGAACAACGGUCAAUCAGGGUCCUCUUGAGGUGGCCCAGGUGUUUUUGGCAGAAAUUCCAGAGGACCCUCGUCUUUACCGUCUACAUAACAAGUUGCGGCUUUGCUUCAGGGACUUCACCAAGAGGUGUGAGGACGCCCUACGCAAGAACAAAAGCCUCAUCGGUCCAGAUCAGAGAGAAUAUCACCGGGAGCUGGAGAGGAAUUACCACCGGCUAAAGGAAGCGCUCAGCCCUUUAACAUCCCGCAAGAUCCCGCAGUUAUACAGCGACCUCCUGCCGCACACCAAUGCCAGGGACUCCAUGACCCGCUCCAGCCUGCGCAGGAUCGAAGCCUAAACUUUCGGGGCAUUCUCCGUGUCACUGCCGCCAAGGGCUCGGCCGCGUUGUGGCGCGUCGGCCCUCGGAUACCAAAUGAAAUAUUAGAUCGGGUGGACUGCAGAGAGAUGGUGGGAUUUUAAUCUUUAUAGUAAGGAGACAAAGCUCGUGCUCUGAUUGGACGUCCCCUGUGGCCACCUGAGAACCGGGCCCCUGCACUGCCUAUGGGCCCCUCUGGUGAUCGAGCAACAGGGGCGAGAAAGAGAAGAAGAAACCGCGAAGAAGAAACUGAAAUUUUCCACACUGGAUUUUAAAAACGGGGCCGCCGUGUUGCUCGAUUUAAUAGAAUGAAUUUGGGACGUUUAAUUAUUUUGGCCCACAACAGCCUUAACAAAGUCUCAGGGACUCCCUGACAGAAUCACACUACAAACACUUUUAAACCCCCCCCCACCCCAACUAUUUUCUUGUGUAAUUUAUCUUUUUUAACGGGCAUUUUAAAUAAGGGCCGCUUGGGCCCAUGGUGUAGAUGUUUUUGAGAAUGAUCCCAUUUUUGGGGUUACGUGUUCCUCUGUGUGCAUUCACAUUACAGAUACCAGGCCAGGUGUGAAACUUUUUGUGUUCUGCAGCGAGACCACCCGUGUUAAUGACCCCUAUUUCUGUUUAGCACCUGACGGGUGUGCAUCAGUCUGUCGGCCUGUAUCGCUGUCACCACGUCUGUCCUGCUUUAACGUCCUGUCUCAGCCCUCUUGUCUGUCCUGCUGCCCCCAAACAUUUGUUGUCUGUCUCACAUUUCCAUCAUCUUGUCCAUAGCAUAACACACCCUGCCCUAUAACACUGCUGUCCCCGCCAGGCAGGCCACCUUCUCACCUGGUGUCACACUUGUCACUUCCUCUUCACCAUCGCCGUGUGAGCUACUUUUGUAAUAAAGUUAAGUGUUUAUUG